GAAUCAAUAGAUUAUCUGGUCAACAAGCGCAAGAUCAACUCUGUAGAAGCAAAAAAAUUAUAUGAAUUAGUUGGUGGGCGCAUUGUAGAUCUAAAGUCUGUGGCGGGCAAAUUUAUAGCUGGACAAUCUCUCGAAGUCAUUAAACAGCAAAUAUUAACUGAAGUCGAGAAGAAAUUCCAAUCUGCACAACUCCUCGAAAAACAAUCACAUCAUGAAGUAGGAAAGAAAGUAAUCAGAGCUUUAUUGGACUCUGAAGAGUUGAGCUUUGUAACGUUUAUGAAAUUUUUCAAUAAUUAUGAAGAGGCCAGUAAAGUAUUGGAGGCCAAUAUAUUUGCAUAUCAUCCUGAAAAAAACACCGUGACCUUUCAGUCUCAAUCG